CACAUCCAGUACCAGCUGAUGUCACUAUUGACAGAUGCAUCAUUCCACGUCGCUGAAUAACUGGAGGAUAUCAUCACAAGCUCUGUCUGUCUGGAUGCAUCUCUAUAGGAUUAUAGGACAGUGUACAUGCUACUAUUUUAACUUUAUUGACUUCUUUUUUUUUUUUACCACACCUCCUCCUCUCGUACUUCCUGUGAAAGAGUCAGCUAUGUUCUCCUCGUCCAAACCCUCCCUACUCUUGCCCUGGACCUCCAUGGAUCAAGCUGACUCGGACGCUUUGGACAUCAGCACUAAAGUGCAACUGCAUGGGGUUCUGUGGAAGAGACCUUUCGGGAGGCCCUCAGCCAAGUGGUCCCGCAGAUUCUUCAUCAUCAAGGAUAGUUUUCUUUUGUACUAUGCUGAGAACGAGAAAAAAAGCUUUGAGACCAAUAGAUACUUCAACAUUCACCCCAAGGGGGUGAUUCCAUUAGGUGGAUGCAUCGUCGAGCCAAGAGAAGAUCAAGGGAUGCCAUUCGCUAUGGUUAUCAACCAUGAAGACUUCACAGGAAACAUUGUCCUGGCUGCUGAAUCCGAGCCAGAGCAGAGCCAGUGGGUGGAGAUGCUUCAAGAGUCAGGGAAAGUCACUUGGAAGAAUGCUCAAUUGGGUGAGGCUAUGAUUGAGAGUCUUGAAGCUCAGGGACUACAGCUGGCUAAAGAAAAGCAGGAAUACUUGGAUAAGCUCAUGGAGGAGACUGAAGAACUGUGCUUGCAACGAGAACAGAAGGCGGAGCUGGAGAAACUGAAUCAAUUGCUGGAGGAAGAGAAGCAGAAGUUUGAGGAAGUGGUUCAAGAGCUGAGAACAGAGCAAGAUCAAAUUAAACUAGAUAUGGACGGUACCGCUCAGUGUCUGAAAGGAGUGGAAAAUGAGAAAGAGGAGCUUCAUAAUCUUACCACGAUUCUGCAGAAGUCUCUAGAGGAGUUAUCCCAAGAGAAAAAGCGUACCCUCGAGCUGCUGCGAGAAAGAGGACAGGAUGCGGCUGAAACAGGAAGUGAUCGACGUGGCUCUUUAGAUGCUCAGAAUCCAGAGGUGCAGCUUCAGGGCAACCUGCGGCACAUCGAGGAGCAGAUGAAGAGCCUGCUCAGAGAGAAAGAACAAGCAGAGGAAAGGCUGAAGGAGAAUGAAAAGCGAGCCAAAGUUCUGCAGGAGGAGAGGGAGUUUUAUUCUUCUCAGGCUCAAGCUCUCCAGCAGUCUCUCACACAGCUCACCGCAGACAAACAGCACACCGAGGAAGAGCUGAAGGCAGAGAUGGAGUCUCGUGUGGAACUGGAGUGUAGGCUGAAAUUGGCUGAGGAGGCUCUGCAAGAUCUAGAGCAGGGUCUAAAUGCAAUAGAACGCACCCAUGAGAGGGACGAAAGAAUGAAAGGAGACGUCAGCCAUCUCCGCAAGUUCUUUGAGGAAUGCAUCUGUGCUGCGGAGAUUGAGGCCAAGUUACCGUCCAUCAUGAAGAACGCAGUGUAUCUGCAUAAAGCUGCAGCUCGACGCAUCAAAAGUUGCCGUAUCCAGAGACGGGCCUCCAGACAGCACUGGUUGAAGCACUCUCAAUCCUUUGCCUCCUCUCGCGGUGCCUCCUCCAGUCUUGAAGAGUUGAGAGAAACUGCCCGGCGUCUGACUUCAGAGACCUACAAGAUCAUCACCCGCCAGAAGAGCGUUCAGUCCCAGGACUAACAGUGUUCUGACUGAUGGACUGAUGGAGAGACGGGAAGUUGUUUAGCCAUCCUGCUCUAUGCUGUCCAAGUGUGCAACUUCUGGUGAAAGUUAGGCAUUCAUAAGUCAGUAAGGGAAAUCUGCACAUUCAAUGUGCUGUCAUACUUUAGGACUGUGUGUCCUUCUUAUUGAGUACAUGUGAAUGUGAAACACUGUAGGAUAAUAAAACUAUAUGAAA